AAUAUUGUUUGAGCGUGCUGUGCUGUGCUGUUGGUGCUUUGAAAUUGAUGACUAGAGUAUCCGAUAGUAUUGCAAAAUCCUUGUUGCGGUGAACACGGACGUUUCGAGUCGUGUCUGUGAAAAUUGCAUCCCACUUUUUGUUUCGAGAACUCAAUCACACUACUUGGCUAGUAAGACAAAUCUACAUCAACGUGGUCGCCGAUCUUGAUUUACUGCCACCGUAUAUUUACGAUUGAGUAUUUUUCAAGCUCAUCCUAUUCUUCCUAAAUUUACAUACCAUUUUCUUCGAUAAUAUCACCUAAACAUCCCUCAAAAUGGCAUCCAAAUUCUGGCCUAAAGGUGGUCUUCCAGGUAUCCUACAUCAUUAUACCGAGACUCUCACCACAUUCGAAUAUACAUCCGGCACCAUCGCCAAACCCCAUAGUCUUCUCUUCAUCGGAGGCUUAGGAGAUGGUCUCGCAACCACCUCUUUCAUGGCCGAUAUAGCCAAAGCCCUCCAACCCACUCCCUGGUCCCUCUUCACCCUCAAUCUCUCAUCAUCAUACGCCCAAUGGGGAACUUCUCACCUCGACCGUGAUUGCGACGAAAUAGCUGAAUGUCUCCGCUACAUCCAAGCCUACAAACAGUCUAAAUACCCCCACAGCAAAACCAUUCUCAUGGGUCAUUCAACCGGCUCCCAAGUCGUGCUUCAUUAUUUACACAAACCCAAUCCCCACACCACCACCCCCAAAUUUGAUCCCCAUCUAAAACACGUGAAGCGUCCCGUUCUCGACGGUGCAGUUAUGCAAGCACCGAUUUCCGAUCGCGAGGCCAUUCAAUCGGUCCUCCAAGACGGGCUUGGCAAACGUCCCGCCAGCGAAUGUCAAGCAGCAUUUCGAACCAUCCAAGAAAUUGCAAAAGAUGCCGCGAAACGUGAUCAAUCGAUCGAUAUUCUUCUCCCCAUGGCACUGACCUCACAAAUCGGCUACGGCACUACUCCGAUUAGCUGUCGCCGAUUUAUGAGUCUGGCUAGUCCUAAGAGUCCGCAACAACCUGAGGAAGAUGAUUUAUUCAGCUCGGAUUUGAGUGAUGAGCAAUUAUCGAAAACGUUUGGGAUGAUUAAAGAGAGGGGAUUAUUGCGGGAUCAAUUAGUUAUUUUUUACUCGGGGGCUGAUCAGGCGGUGCCGGAUUGGGUGGAUAAGGAAGCAUUGUUGAAGAGGUGGAAGAAUGCGGCGGAUCAUGGAGGAAAGGAGAAGAUCUGGGAUGAUGAAUUUACUGCGAUUAUUCCAGGAGCUAGUCAUGCAUUGAGUAAUGAUGAUCAGGCCCCUGCGAGAGCAUUUUUGUGUAAAAGGUUGAUGGGUUAUGUUCAAAGGAUAGAGCAGAAGUGAGGGGUUGUGGAAAUGAAUGUUAAUUAAUGCGAUACAUAUUUGUUGAAUGCUAUGGGUCUAUAUAGAAUACAGCUAUACAAAUGAUUC